AUGGGGGAACCAGGACGGCACUGGCAGGACACGCUGUUCAUGAACCCAAAACCAGCCAACGCAGAAGACCUAUCGCAUCGAGCUCCCCCUAAUAUCGACUAUAAAUACCCAGAUUCCAAACCGCGAGUCUUCAUGUUACAACCACGACUCGAUGCCUCUAUUCCUCCCCGCCCCCGCCAUCCCCCCUUCGAACGACGAAUCGCCCAUGUUCCCCUUCGUUCGCCGCCUCAGCGGAACCCAAACGUCAUCGCACGUGCCGAGCCCUGGAUUGACGCCUUCUAUGCGUCCAUGCCACAAAAUAUGGAGCGUCCUACGCGUCGCGACGUUAUGUCCGGCGUCCGCGAGAUCCUCUCAGCUGAUCUACUAGGCGGGCUCGUCGGUCGUCUCUACGGCGACGUCUACAAGCACACAGCAUACAACUUUAUGAAUUACUCACUCGAAAAUUACAGAACGCUCGUUCCCGAAGAAUCCACGACGAUCGAGCUGCGCGAGGCCGGUGGCACUCUCAACCCCGCAUGGAUAUGCGUCUGGGCCAAGAUUGUGUGUCGAUUGCUCGAAUGGAGCCGGGACGCGUGUGACGCGGACUUUUUCCGAGUCGUGAGACUACUUGCAUGGGCGCAGGAAGAAGGGGGCCGCUACGAUAUCAUCGACUUCUUGGUAGAUUUGAAUCUGCUCGCCGAGGCGCGGUACUGCGAGGAGAGACUCGAACGUGGAGCAGAGGCGUGGUUUGAAUGUUUGCUAUUCGCGCCGACAAACGAGGAGCGAGCUGAGAACAAAAGGCGGGAGAGGGAAGAGCAAACGCGUCUGAGGCCGGAUGGCUCUCCAGGGUCAGCUUCCUCAAUGCACGCAUCCUAUGCCUGA